AUGUCAAGUUCUGAGGCAAGACCGGGUCGUCAAGCGCUGCAACUCCGCUGCUUCAAGAUGUUGCUCGAGGCCGCCUCUCCGAGUCGCAGCUCGCCUACUUGUUGUGUCAAGCGCCGCAAGCAGGGGCUGCCUCAAAGAGGCUGCCGUCAAGCGCCGCAAGGUUGGCAGCCUCAAGUCGUGGCGGGUGACGACGGCAAGGGCAAGGGUCAAGCGCUGCAAGCGGGGCUGCGUCAACACCGAGGUUCAAGCGCCCCAAACGGGCUGAUUCAAGCCGGGGCGGGCCUUUGUCAAGCGCCGCAAGCAGGGCUGCCUCAAGGUGGGCCUCAAACGCCGCAAGCGGGGCUGCCUCAAGUCGGGCCGUCAAGCGCUGCAAGUCGAGCUGCGUCAACUUCAACCUCAAGAGUCAAGCGCCGCAAGGAGGGAGGCUGCCUCAAGAGCUGCAAGACGAGCUGCGUCAACCUCAAGGAGUGGGCCGUCCGGAUCGUCAAGCGCUGCAAGUUGAGCUGCGUCAACAGCAACGUCAAGGGUCAAUCGCCGGAAGCGGGGGCUGCGUCAAGGGGGGCCGACGUCAAGCGCUGCAAGUUGAGCCGCGUCAACUUCAACCUCAACCUCAAGGCCUCAAGGGUCAAGCGCCGCAAGCGAGGCUGCAGCAAGAGCCUACAAGAGGCCCUCGAGGGCGGGCGGGCACCUGCACUCGUGCGGUGUCCGUCCGGGCGCGGACCUUUACGUGGUCCUCGGGAUAAGUACCCUCGCGCCGCUCAACGCGAGCGCGAGGGGAAACCAACUCGCGCCGAAUUUGCUUAAGGAAUAGUCGUCGUCGCUGCGGUGCAGCGUCGUUCGGUGAGCAUGAUUCAUUUGUCGGUAUCGCCUAUCAUACACCAUCAUAGGUCCGCGCGGCUUCGCGCUGCAAAGCAAGGUAGCCUCGGGAACCAGGGGAAUGAACCGGUGUGUACUAAGCGCGUCUCAGCUGCUCUCUGUGGCAAGACGUAGCUGUCUUGCAUACCUGUCAGCUCAAUGGUAAAAUUUGCUUGUCACGGUAGUCAUGUACUUCAGUUAAUGUGCACAAUAUAUUGCCUUGCGC